AAAACCUUAUCUUGAGAAUUCACAAAGGCACAUCAUCGUUCGCGUUCCUGUGCGCCAUUUCUAGCGUGCUUCUCGAAGGUUCUGGCUGCUUUUUUAUAUUUUCCGCGAGCUUGUAAAAUUUAUGCAGUAAGCAAGAUGCCGAAGCGUGUUCGAAAAAUUGGUAAAAAAUUGAUAAAUGAUGUCGGAAAAAAGCGCAAGGGAGUUGCAAAAGAAACCAACAACAUGUAUCUCCACGAAAUGCUUAAUGAUGUACUAGAAGAACAUGAGGUUGUACUAAGUCAGGAAGGGCAUGCAUUUAUUGAUGUGGCCAGCGCUCGCACAUCCACUUUUAUAGAAGGAAUGGAUGAUCCACUAGAUUUGUCAAUAGUCCACGACACUAGUGUAGAUGGCGACAACGAUCAGAGCAAUGUAAAAUCAGAAUCGCAAACGCAUGACGAACAUGUUGUGAGCCAUAUGCCAGUUGCAGUUGACAAUGUUGAGAUGCAGACGUCUGCUCGGGCAGUUCUUGAUGAAAUAGAUCAAUCUGCCAUUUCGAACGUCGAUAUGAUGGUCACUGAUGAAGAAAAAUCGAUCGAAGCAACCGUCCGUUCUGGAAAUUCUGACGAUCCGGAUGGCCCUGCGGUAAUUCUUGGCUCCAAGACCUCUGAUUCCGAACAGGAAAUAAAUUGGCAGGAAAAACAUAACAAAGUACAAGAAAAACUAAAGAAAAAGGUUGCUGAAAAUAAAAAACUGCGGGAGAAAAUUGAAAAGUUAACAAAAGAGCUGGCGGAAAUGAAAGACAUUGCUUUAAAUCAAGUUCAGGAAAAUCAGAAAUUGAGGACGAGCGAAAGAACUACUUUCACAACGGAUCCAGAAAUUGGGAUCACUGUAAAGCAGCUGGAAGAGAUCAACAAUGAUUCUAAAAAUGUCGGCCAAUUUGCACAGAAUCUGGCACUUUUAAUGUACGGGGCAGAGACUCUACGGCAGAUGUCCGUAACAGGACGCAAAUAUGCCCACUCCGCUGACAUGGCAGCUAAACCACCAAUUGAGGAGAGAAAACUCCGUUUCAUAUAUAAGAAAGCUCAAGAGAGAGUCGCUCUUCAAAAAGGAACCACAAAUUACUCCAAUAUCCACGGAAGCGAACCCGAGUCUGAUCAACCGAGCACUCGCAGAAAAAAUCGCAAAUUUAAGAAAAGCUGCGUUGUACGCAGCUAAGCGUAAUUGAUAUUACUACUGGCUAGCUUUGAAGAUAUGUUUUAAACUGUUCGCUAAAUUGAAUAACAGCAGUACAAGUUUGUAUGUGUACAUCUUUAGACAACUCGGAAGAGAUGGGUAAAGUACUCUUUAAGUUUUAAGAUGUUUACUUUCGUUAUUUUUACCAACGACUUUGUUUUUACCUUAUAUGUUGUUUAUUUUCAAUAAAAUAAAUUGAUUUGGUCGAUAA